AUACCAGUCAGUCAGUCACCCCACUAGCUAAGUUUUGACAAACUCUUCUUCACAAAAUAUCUUUACAAAAAUCUCCUUAGACAACAAUGGCCGGAAAGAGCAAGAUUCUGGUGAUCGGAGGCACAGGCUACAUCGGAAAAUUCAUCGUUGAAGCAAGCGCCAAGGCGGGCCACCCUACCUUCGCCCUCGUUCGUGACGAGACGCUCUCUAACCCUGCUAAGGCUUCCAUCAUUGACAACUUUAAAAGCGUGGGUGUCUAUUUGGUCACGGGAGAUGUUUAUGAUCAUGAGAGUUUGGUGAAAGCAAUUAAGCAAGUAGAUGUGGUAAUCUCUACAGUAGGGUACCCUUUGUUUGCGGAUCAAGUGAAGAUCAUUGAUGCAAUUAAGGAAGCUGGCAAUGUUAAGAGGUUCAUCCCCUCGGAAUUUGGUGUGGAUGUGGAUCGUUCGAGUGCAGUGGAGCCUGCAAAAUCGAUGUUUGAACUCAAAGUCCAAAUCCGGCGAGCGAUCGAGGCUGCCGGAAUUCCUUACACUUAUGUGUCAUCCAACAAUUUUGCUGGCUACUUUCUCCCUACUUUCUCUCAGCCUGGAGUUACUGCUCCACCAAGAGAUAAAGUUGUCAUCUUAGGUGACGGAACUGCUAAAGCGGUGUAUAACAAAGAGGACGACAUUGGAACCUACACCAUUCGAGCAGUGGACGAUCCAAGGACCCUAAACAAGACUCUCUACAUUAAACCCUCUGGUAACACAUUGUCCUUCAAUGAGCUUGUUUUCUUGUGGGAGAAAAAGAUUGGUAAAACCAUCGAGAAAGAGUAUGUUCCCGAGGAACAGGUCUUGAAGAACAUCCAAGAUUCUCCACCUCCAGUCAAUGUAUUUUUGGCAAUUGGACAUGCUGUUUUUGUGAAAGGUGAUCAGACUAACUUCGAGAUUGAACCAUCGUUUGGAGUGGAGGCUUCUGAGCUCUAUCCUGAUGUCAAGUAUACCUCUGUGGAUGAGUACCUCAACCAGUUUGUUUAGCCAUCAAAAUAUCCCUGGUACUAAUUCCUGUUCAAGAUCCAAGUGUUUCUCCAACCUGGUUUUAAAGAGAGAAAUUCAUGAAAAAGUGUAUUAUGGGAUCACAUUUCCCAGGUUUCCCUUUUGAUUUUAAGAAUGUAAACGUUUGCUUUGUGUUAUAUGGAUGGAAGUCUAUAUAUAUCGCCGUUAAUUAGUGUCUUCAUAUGAAGUACUCCCUCCGUUCCGUAAUAUAGUGUUUGUUUUCUA